GCGUAUUCUCAUUAACUGAUCAAAUUUAGUUUUAGGGAAAAAUAGUACUAUAAUUUUUAACUGAAAAACCUUUAUUAUUGAAAAAUAAUUCUUUUUUUCAUGAUUUAUUUCAUUUUAAAUUAUUUACAAAAUGUAAAACAUUUUAUAAAACAGAAUACAAUACGAGAUUUACGUAUAAAAACCGGUUCUAAGAAACUAUGCUUUCAUUAAGAGACAGGUGGUAUAGCGAAGAAAAUUACAACGGUACUUACAUCGGACUACGAUACAGUGGUGUAAGCAUAAAUAUACUGUUCUUUUACUAUUGUUAACAAAUAAUAUUGAAAUUAUAUGUUCAACCAUGUCUAAUAAACAGAAUACUGAUCAAUGUACAAUGUAUACUCAAAUAAUGAAUUUAAAACUUAAAACAAUUUUCAAGAUGUUCUUAUAUUCUGUAAUAGUUCCAAUAAUUUUAUAUUGUUUUUUUUUAUCCUUUUUAUAUUAUCAAAAGAACUUAAUAAAUGUACAAUUAAGAAUGGGAGAAAUGGAGGAAAAGAAUCCAUUAUAUCGAGUAUAUGCGAGAAGUAACGAUACUGAAUAUUUAAAACACAUAUUUCUUGUAUUGGAACGUUUGGGAUUUAAACAAACCAACGAUGCAUUUAAUUGGGAUUUAUUAUGGGCGCAUGACUAUCCAUUUAGAACUUUAAGUUCUACUUUAAAGGAAUUAAAAUCUUAUCAGCGCAUUAAUCAUUUUCCCGGCUGUGGAUAUAUUACGAAUAAGGCAGACUUAUCAACGACUGAAGGCCGCUAUAUUUUACCAGCAUUUAAAAUACCAGAACAAAACAACGCAUUUUUGCUAUAUGCUAAUCAACAUCCCGAGAAGAUAUUUGUACAAAAAUCGAAUGAUCAUCGUGGUAUCAGUAUAAAAAACGUGAGCGACAUAAAUAUUACAGAAACUGGAUCUUUCGUACAAGAAUUUAUACAGCGACCAUUUCUUGUAGAUGGGUACAAAUUUGAUAUUGGUGUAUACACUGUGAUCACAUCCGUCGAUCCUCUUAGAGUAUAUGUAUACAAAGGUGAUGUUCUCUUUAGAUUUUGUCCUGUGAAAUAUUAUCCAUUUGAUUCUGAAGUUUUAGACAAAUACGUAGUUGGCGAUGACUAUUUGCCAAUUUGGAAUGUCCCAUCUUUGAAGCACUAUUAUAGUAAAUUGAAAUUUUCAAUGAAAGACUCGUUUGACGCAUAUAUACGUUCACAAGGAAAAAAUCCAAAAAAAGUUUGGAAUGGUGUACACGAAGUAAUAAGAGAGAUUACCUUAUCAAAAGAGAAUUAUAUUAAAGAAGCUGUAAAACGUUUUGGAAAUGGUAGAAAUUUUUUCGAAUUGAUCAGAAUUGAUUUUGCUCUUGAUGAAGAUUUAAAUAUUUACAUCAUGGAAGCAAAUAUGUCUCCAAAUUUAUCCUCAGCGCAUUAUCCGCCAAACCAAUUACUUUAUGAGCAAGUCAUAUUUAAUUUAUUUUCCUUAGUUGGCAUAGGACAAAGAAUGAGGAGAAAUUCUUUAAAACCAAGGAACAGAAUGGAAGAAGAAAUGGAAGUAGCUGACAAGAAUAUUAUGGUUUUGCCAGAAUUUUGUAUAAAAUGUGAUGAUUGUUUUCGUGUAGAAUGUCAGCUAUGUAGUCCUUGUUUUACACCUGAAAUUAAACUGAUGUUGUCUCAAAGUUACUUAGAACAUCAGAAUAAAAUGGAUUUUCAAAGAAUCUUUCCACCUCCUAUAACAAAGAAUAUGGUAUUGAAAGAUUACACAUUAAAAAAUCAGUUACUUGUCAGAUGGUACCAAGGCAAGUGUGAAUUAGAUCAUUCAUGGUGUUGACAAUCACAUAUUUUUAGAAUUUAUUAAUUUAUACAAUGCAUGUACAUAAAAUAACUUAAAUAAUUAACUAUAUAAUUACUGACAUAUCAUAUUUUGUAUCAAUAAAAACUAAAAUUUGUUUUUUGAUUUAUUAGUUAAAUGGCAAAAUAAAAUUAUUAAAUUUUCAUAUUUUUAACAUUUAUGUUUCUUUCUUUUUACGAUUCUUUUUCAUUUUUGAUUCAGGUGCAUUUGGAUUUGUACCUUUAUAAAAUUCUUUUAAUAAUAUCAUUGCUUCAUUAUCUCUGGUACUACCUAUUAUUUUUGUUCUUGAAUUAUAAAGUUUUGGUACUUCAAAAACACUAAUACAUCCACCAAAACGAUCAUUUUUACAACCAUAUAUAACACUAUGUACCUGCAAUUGACAUAAUGCAGACAUGCACAUUAUACAUGGUUCUACAGUAACAAUAACAUCAAUAUCAUAAAAAACACUUUUAUAGUCCAAGUUUCUUGUCUUACAAAAUUCUAAAACUUGAUCUAUACAAUUGAUUUCUGCAUGUCGAGUUGCAUUGCGAGUUUCAUUAACUGUGUUAUUACCUACAGCAAUGACAUCACUGUUGUAUACAAAUAAACAUCCAACUGGAACUUCACCAACUUUUAAUGAAUCAUUUGCCUUUUGUAAAGCAACAUCCAUCCAACUUAAAAUAUCCAUUGUACUUCUUUUGUAUUAUAAUAACUUUAACUUAACAAAUUUUUAUAAAAAUACAAACACACAUACAUACACACACAUAUAUAUAU